CCCGAACCUGGAACCAGAAAAAAAAUGUUGCUAAUGGAAUGUUCUUCGUACAGAUACGUCUAAGAAGAUAACCUAUUUCCAAUAAAAAAAAGGAUUGAAGAAUUUCGAUAAACAAAAUUAUUUGCAAAAUUUAAAUGUUCCUGUGUCAAUCUCUUAUCUUUAAUCGUCGUUCAAAGUGAAAUACAAAAACCCCAACGUACGCGAGAGAGUUCCCCCCAAAACACACGCUGAACAGAGCACAAAACACCACUAAAAUUUUUGUCAACAGAGUGAGAGAGAGAGGGAGGGAGCCGGAGAGCCCAAACAUCUGCCGACUGUGGGGAAAACGAAAGAAACCGGAGAAAAACAUAAAACACUGACAUUUGCAAUCUCGUUUAGUCAGUCCGCACUCAAGACUCAAGUAGUUAGGCAUACGGGCAGCCCCAAAGCAACCUCUCCACAAAUCAUACAUCCAUCUAGGAAGGCUUGCUCUAUUCUACAAAAGAAAAAGCAAGCAAAGUAGAUAAAUAGGGGAGGAAGGCCAAAGCACAACAAAAAAGGAGGAUAAACGGAAGGGCUACCAACAAAAAUUAAAGAGGAAGAAAGUUGCUUUGAUGCGAGUGGAUUUUAAAUUAUUUUUAAUUAAAAUUGAAGCGAUUGGAAGUGCUGCUACAAAUCAGCUGUAGGAGAAAAUCAUCUUUCUUGUAGCCGACCGCAAGGAAAUACUCAAUUCCAGGAUGAAUGUGGACGAUUAUGAAUCUUUACCCACAACAAGCUUGGGUAUCAAUAUGACAGCUGGAGCCAUAGCCGGUGUCUUGGAACACAUUGUAAUGUAUCCCAUGGACUCGGUAAAGACUCGCAUGCAAAGUUUAUCGCCGGCCACCUCAAAGUUAAACAUCACAGCAACUUUUCAGAAUAUGAUUAGAAAAGAGGGUAUAUUUAGACCUAUAAGAGGAGUUACGGCCGUUGUGGCGGGUGCUGGUCCAGCGCAUGCUCUUUACUUUGGUUCCUAUGAAAUGUCCAAAGAGCUCAUGACUAAAAUCACCACACAUAAUCACAUAAAUUACAUGGCCUCCGGAGUGAUAGCCACACUUAUCCACGAUGCCGUUUCAAAUCCAGCGGAGGUAAUUAAACAACGGAUGCAGAUGUACAACUCGCCCUACAAAUCAGUGGUGGCCUGCAUGCGUGGUGUGUACCAGAGUGAAGGGCUUAAAGCUUUCUAUCGCUCCUAUUCCACGCAACUGGUAAUGAACAUACCAAAUCAGACAAUACACUUCACCACGUAUGAGUUUUUCCAAAAUAGGCUAAAUCAUGAACGAAAAUACAAUCCUCCAGUUCAUGUGAUAGCAGGUGGAGCGGCUGGAGCAUGUGCGGCAGCAAUCACUACUCCCCUGGACGUUGUUAAAACUUUGUUAAAUACACAGGAGACUGGCCUUGUCAAGGGCAUGAUGGAAGCUAUUAGUCAGAUUUACGCCAUGGCUGGUCCUCUUGGCUUCUUCAAGGGGUUGACUGCACGUGUGCUUUAUUCAAUGCCUGCAACCGCCAUUUGUUGGUCCACAUAUGAGUUUUUCAAGUUCUUUUUAAGCGGCUUGGACCGCGAUCAGUACAAGUCAACAAUAACCGGCAAAAAUAUGUUGCAACCACGCAAAACUUCCAACAUAAAUGAUGAGGCACAGCUGCGCAAUGCCUAUGUGUUACCAGUGUCCGAGAGUACGGAAGAAACAAAAACUCCCAAAGAAACGAACACACAAACGACGCAACCACAAUCGCUGCCAACGGGACCUAUAAAAACCGUGUGCGAGUUGUCGUCGGCCGUAGCUGGUACCCCGACUCUCAACUUGACCACAAGACACACAGACGUGAAAAGUCCAUUCGAUCGAGGAUUCUCAAGUACAUAAAGCAAUGCUUGGUAUGAUGGUACCUAAACAUACAUACAAAAUAUCAACAACGUUCAAUUGUGCGUCCCAGAUCCCACACCAACGAAUUACACAGUCAGUAAGUCCAUCACAACACUCAUUGUCGCCGUCGUUCAGCGUUAAAUGAUGUCUCGCCUGUGAGUUCCAGCAGCAUCUAUAGACGCAAAAAAAAAACUGAUUUUCCGGUGCACGCUUCUACUUCUCAACAAGUAUGGACUGAUGCGCAAUGCUAUUCAACUAUUUGAUUAUGGAGGCAAUAUAAAAACCCGAAAAGUCGAGUCGAGUUAUCAACAUGUCAAAACAAAACAUUGGCCAAGAUUCCUCUAUUUUCCUUUGGAUCUUCUUUGAAUUGUAUAUGCAAAACAAAGUUUUGCCCCUGAGGAAUCCUCCAGUCGCUUGCAUUUCCUUUGUCCUCAACACCCCAGAACUGCGAACGAUGAAAGCUUUUUCGUGGUCGAAAACUAUCGUCAUGUAAUAUAACAAAAGCAAAACAAAUCCCUUUAUCGUUAUUAUUAUUUUUAAAACAAAACUAUGUAUAUGUAUGUUAUAUAAAAAUCCCUCUAGAAAAUAAACAAAACAAUAAUAAUUUAAAAAAAAAAUUAAAAAGAAAUAACAAUAAAACACUCAAUUUGUAAUAAAAUUACAGAGAAAAACUAAUACACUGCAAACUAGUUUCGUUGUGCUUCGAAAUUGGAGAAGGAAAUCAGCGCUACACUAAUUUCAAGAUAAUCACUAAUCAGUUGUUUAUGCUGCCCUGCUGCAUGGAGACGUCUUUAGGCUUAUUGUUUUGUUGUCCUGAAUUAUUAUUAAAGAAAAGUAGGCGAUAGGCAGUUCUCAUUACAAAAACAUACCUACUAAAACAAAACAUUUACACAAAUCUAACCCUUUAAAACUGAAAUCAAACUCGCUCAAUAAUAUUCUGUUACUGAUACUGUUAGCACUUUUAAAUCAAAAGAGACCUCACCAUGCCACACACAACUUGAAUGAAGAAACAAAAAACAAAAUUUCAACGCCUAUUAAAAAUAAUUGUUUGCGCAUUAUUGGCUCUCCUAAUAUUAGUUAAGCUAACAUCAUCUGGGUGACAAGACAAACAAAAUCUAAGCAUGAAGCAAGUAAGACCAUUGAUGUAUUUUUUAUUAGAACUAAUCCUUUAAGCUCAAGUAUUGAUUUUUAUUUUCUCGUUAAGGCAUUUUCUUUAUUUACUUUGGCACUGGUUCUGCAAGAAGAAGAAAAACUGAAACUGAGUUCUUAUUUAUUUCCUCUCCAUCUGUCUAUCUAUCUUUAAUUUAUAAGGUAAUAUUUUACUUUUAAAGACAAAAAUGUAAUUUGUUUUUUAUUUUUUUUACACAAAUUAUUAUGGCAUCAGUUGCCAAGCAAGAGCUAGAUCUACAUACUUGGAAUAAUAGAAGUAAAAAUCGUAUAUUGUUAUUUAUGUAUUAUUUUAUCUUUCUAAGAAACCGUUUGAAAAGUUCUACUUUAUAAUUACCAUUUCAAUAAAUCGAUCGAUCGAUCGAUAGAUCGCUCGUCGAUUGUGCUAUUCACAUAGCAUUAAAGUGAACCUCUAAUAAAUAUAAUAUAAGAAUUAAAAUACUGCAUAAACAAAAGCAAACUUUAAACUUGUUAUCGUGAAACGACACACCACACACACAAAACAAAUUCGGAUACUUGUAAAAACAAAAUCUAUGUAUCUACCUACAUACAUAACUAUAUAGGAAAACAAAACGAAAACAAAUAUAAAAUAUUGUUUUUAUGUCAAUUACAAAUAAAUCUA